UAGCGUGAAGGUCGAUGAAUUGCUUUGCGCAAGCCAUUGGGCUUGGGCCCGCGCUUCUCUUCCCUCCAAACACCAUCUCGAAUUCAAAUCCCAACUAUUCUAAUUCUAAGCACCGUAAGAAGGCCGUAUCUCUUCUACAAAAAUGCAGAAAUAACAACGAAAUUACUCCAAUUCACGCUUAUAUCAUUAAAAAUGGCCAAGAAGACGACGUUUUUAUUGUAUUUGAGCUCCUUCGUGUUUGCUCCAAAUUUAAUGCCAUUGAUUAUGCUCUCAAGAUCUUCGAACAGUUCUCAAAGCCUAAUGUCUCUCUCUGUACCGCUCUUAUUGACGGGUUUGUGUUAUCUAGGUUAUAUGAUCAUGGCAUUAGAGUGUAUAUGCAAAUGAUUGAAAAUUUUGUUAUGCCGGAUAAUUAUGUAAUUAGCUCUGUAUUAAAGGCAUGUGGGUUUUACGGGGAUAUGAGAACGGGUAGGGGAGUUCAUGCUCAGUCUGCGAAACUUGGGCUGUGUUCGAACAGAUCGGUUAAACUUAAACUGCUGGAGUUUAAUGGAAAAUGUGGAGAAUUCGAAAAUAGGAAGAGGGUGUUUGAUGAAAUGCCCAGAGAUAUUGUUGCAUUAACGGUAAUGAUAUCCUCCUAUCUUGAUUGUGGGUUUGUGAAAAAGGCCUGUGAUGUUUUUGAUUUGGUGAGGAUUAAGGAUACGGUUUGCUGGACAGCAAUGAUUGAUGGGCUUGUACGGAAUGGGGAAAUGAAUUAGGCGCUGGAGAUAUUCAGGCAGAUGCAAAGGGAAGGCGUGAGAGGGAAUGAAGUUACGGUUGUUUGUGUUUUAUCUGCUUGUGCACAAUUGGGAGCAUUGGAGCUUGGUAGAUGGAUUCAUUCUUACAUUGAGAAGUAUGAUAUUGAGGUUAAUUAUUUCGUUGGUUCAGCCCUGAUUAAUAUGUAUGCAAGGUGUGGGAGUAUUAAAGAAGCCGAGAGAGUGUUCGAGGGGAUAAAAGAGAGAGAGGUCACAAUUUAUAAUUCCAUGAUCAUGGGGUUUGCGUUGCACGGGAAGAGCGUAGAGGCUGUUGAGAUGUUCCGAAUGAUGAUAAAGCACGGAUUAAGACCAACUAACAUUACCUUUGUUGGUGUUCUUAAUGCUUGUAGUCAUGGGGGAUUGGUGGACGAUUGUAUUGAAAUUUUUGCAAGUAUGAAAAUUGAGUAUGGGCUUGAACCGCAGAUUGAACACCAUGGUUGCAUGGUUGAUCUUUUGGGUCGUGUAGGACAUCUUGAGGAGGCUUUCAGAUACAUACAGAAUAUGGAAUUAUCCCCAGACCAUAUAAUAUGGGGAUCACUCUUAAAUGCCUGCAAAGUUCAUCAAAAUAAUGAACUUGGAGAACAGGUUGCGAAAAUUCUAUUAGAUAGUGGGCAUGCUGAUACUGGAACUUAUAUUCUUCUGGCUAACGCAUAUGCUUCUUGGAAUAAAUGCGAAGGGGCUGCACCAGUGCGGGCAAUGUUGAAAGAAGGUGGUGGACAGAAAGAACCAGGUUGCAGUUCAAUUGAAGUGAAUAAUGAGAUUCACGACUUCUUUCUGGGAGACAUUAGACACCAUCAAAAGGAAGUGAUAUACAGAAAAUUGGAGGAGUUGAAUGAAAUA